AUGGAAGGUCCCAAUCCGUUCGCCGACGGUGUCCAAGAGGACGAUUACGAGUCUGAUUUUCAGCGUCUUGAUUCGCCUCCCCCUGUACUUCCCAGCGACACUGGCAAUGCCAAAAUCAAUCCGGCUUCCAAUGGCCAAUAUGCUGACCUUUACCAUGUGGAUUUGGAUACGCUGAAGUCAAGACUGAAAGCGGCCCUAAUUGCUCAAAAGAUCGACCAAGAGGGCCCUUUUAGACCGGAUUUGUACGCUCCUGUUUGGGUUACGAUGACCGCAGCUGCGGCCCACUUCUACGUGCGAAGUUUACUGGUUUUGAUAAUGAGCCUCAUUGAGGGCCAUAUUCCAUCUAUUAUGUCCCGAACCCACACCAUCAUUCCGUAUAUGGCCUUUGCGUUCUCUUACGUGAGCGUGAGUCCGGCUCUGGUCCACGUUUUGGCCAAGUUUGUUUUUAAGAUAAAGAGUGAUUGGGGGUUGGUGGAGCUGGUCAGCCUUUAUGGUUAUUCCAUGACAAUUUGGGUUGCACUUGCUGCUGUGAACAUAGUUUUCAUUCCUUUGCAAACAGUGCUGCCCAACCUGUUCAGCAUUCCCAUGUACUGGACACGAAUCAUGGUUGGCGUCAUUCACACGGCGUUCUUUUUUUACCGGCAGUUCAAAACUGACGAUGAAUCGGACCUUAAAAAACUGUACAUCACUGUCGUAGCCGUGAGUGCGCUAUCUGCAGUCAUUUUGAAGCUGAUGUCUAAUUCAUUGACAUAA